AUGGCCUACGCCGCUACCUCAUCGGCUUCGACCAUCAAUGGCGAUGCCCGCUCUAGCUUAAAACUCACUACUUCAUCCUCCAACCCCCCAAAGCUACAUCAUGUCAUCACAUCUAUUCCUCCUGCCCCCAAUCCUUCGUCAGCACCAUCGUACGCCUCUUCUCUCACCACCACUCCCAAUUCUUUACGUCCCACCUAUUUUCCUUCAAAUGCGUCAAGCCCUUCAGGCACACCUUUACAGAUUGCUACCGACGGUUUCCGAGGACGUAUACCUCCCUUCCCUGCUAUCCCUCCUACUACGUUCGAGCUUGGGGAGUCCAUGAUGGCCGUCCCAGGGAACGCUCCUGCUUCUGGAUCGGGGGAUGCAGUCAACUCGAAUUCCAAAGGCCCGGGCUUGAUGCGCAGAAUUUCCCGUGGUGCCGCAAAUAAGCUUACCCGAAGACGCCAAUCUGCUUCCCACAACGAAAAGCGCGACCGCAGCUCUGGCCCUGUGACUAUGCGGAGGCGCAGUGAUAGCAAGACCGGAUCUCAGAACGGCCGCGACAAUGCACUUGAAUCUAGUAACGAGGAAGACAGCAAUGAUGCUCUUGAUUCCCUCGGGGUUUGGUGCGGUUCAGAGUCAUCUAGCUUACCAAAUGACAGUUUUAUGGCAGCCUCCCGCCACACCGGCACAAUCGCGCCGAAGAUUGAUUCGACGAUUCAGCGUGGGACUGUCUUGACGAAAGUUACAAAGAAGCGAAGAAAACAAGUUCGUUUCGUACUAGACCUAGAUGCGGGCAAGGUCUCCUGGGACGUUUCUAAUCCGACUAAGCGCUUCUACAUUGACGAUAUCAAGGAAAUUCGAGUUGGCGUGGACGCGCGGAAUUACCGCGAGGAGCACCAGGUUCCACAAGACACCGAAAAUCGCUGGUUCACAAUCAUUAUUGCCGAUGACGAGCGGUCAAAAGGUCGGGCUGUCAAAAUGCUGCACCUUAUUGCCCCUAACGAUUAUAUACUCGAGCUUUGGACCACGACUCUAGAACAUAUCUCCCGAUAUAGGAUAGGCCUUAUGGCUGGCCUGGCUGGUUCCGGCCAGAGUGAGGCAGUCCUGAAGGCGCAUUGGCAGCGCGAGAUGUCGAGAUUGUUCCCUCACGGACCUAGGUCGGCUGAACAAGGUAGUCUUGAUUUUGUGGCCGUGGAGGGCAUUUGUCGCAGUUUACAUAUCAAUUGCUCCAAGAACAUGCUUCGCGCGCAAUUCUCCAAAGCUGAUUCCGAUGUCAACGGCAAGUUGAACUUUUCGCAGUUCCAGAAUUUUGUUGCUCGCUUGAAAGAGCGGAAAGACAUCAAGGAGAUCUUCAAGGAUAGCGCCAUGGACGCCAAAGCUGGCCUAAGCGUCGAUGAAUUCUUGACAUUCCUCCGAAGCGUACAAAAUGAGGACGUUGACUCAGAUCGAAGUUAUUGGGUCUCGGUUUUUGACAAAUGUGUACGCAAGUCUAAAUCGCGGGUCCCAAGUAUCCCGGAGUUUGAGGAGGAACAAGUGCCUCGAAUGGAUUUUGAUACAUUUUCCGCUUUCCUUGCGUCUCCGUGGAACGGAUUAUACGCCUCUCGUGCUCCUCAGUCGCGAUUUGACCGCCCCUUGAACGAAUACUUCAUCUCAAGUUCCCACAAUACUUAUCUUUUAGGCCGCCAGGUUGCCGGGGCGUCCAGCACAGAGGCAUAUAUAAGCGCUUUGCAAAAAGGAUGCCGUUGUGUAGAGAUCGACUGUUGGGAUGGGGCCGAUGGCCGACCGAUUGUGUCCCAUGGAAGAACCAUGACCACGAGCGUUCUGUUUGCUGACUGUAUUACGGUCAUUAAUCGCUAUGCAUUCAUCACUACCGAUUUUCCUCUCAUCCUGUCUCUUGAGGUACAUUGUAACCCGGAGCAGCAACUGGCAAUGGUCAAAAUCAUGAAGGAUACCUUCAAAGAUCAGCUCGUCCUGGAGCCACUGUUAACAAACAGUUUUGUCCUUCCGUCACCCGAAGAGCUGAAGGGACGCAUUCUUGUUAAGGUAAAGACCUGCGACGAGCUCCAAGAAGGCGUAAGGCAGGAACCCAUGGGCACAUUCGCCGUUCACGGCCGUAAACGCAGCGCGAGCUCUCCAUUCAUACGUCCGACGGCAUCUGAGAGCUCAGCAAUAACCAGUCUGCCCCCUUUGUCGAGCCCUCCAACGCUUGGACUGGAAACCGCUGGCUCAUUCUUGACCCAAGACAGACGCUCGUUUACAACCACUAGCAUCAGCAGUGCGACGGAGGAGAGUGAUGGCGCAUUGGCGACCAUCAGGAAAGAAAAGAAGAGACGUCAGAAGAGCAAAAUCACCAAACCCUUGUCGGAUCUAGGUGUCUAUACCCGAGGGUACAAGUGGCACAGCUUCUCGUCCGCUGAAAGUCAACGAUAUAAUCAUGUCUACUCCUUCGCCGAACGAUCAUUCGAGGGUAUAUGUCGUGAUACAGAAAACAAGGCUCUUUUUGAGAAGCACAACCAAAAAUAUUUGACUCGAGUCUACCCAUCCGGCUUCCGCUUGAGAUCUUCGAACUUCGACCCCCUCAAAUUUUGGCGACGCGGCGUUCAGAUGGCGGCCUUGAACUGGCAAACAUACGACAUUGGCAUGCAGAUGAACCAGGCCAUGUUUGCUGCUGGGAGCGAUCGAACUGGUUACGUGCUAAAACCAGAGUCUCUUCGCGCCUUGUGCCCGGUCGACGAAGAGAAAACGAAGACCACAGAGUGGAAGCUUGUUCGAUUUUCAGUGGACGUUAUCUCUGCCCAACAACUUCCCCGCCCUCGUAGUAUUGGCCCCGAUGAUAACAUCAAUCCUUACGUGGAGAUUGAAAUGUUUAGCGCAGACGAUCGUGGUCAGAGCUUCGUGUAUGGCGAGGGUGGUAUGAACGCAUCCGCCCGCAAUGGCAUGUCGGGCAUCGGAUUUCCGCACCGUCGGCGCACGAAGAUCGAGCAAAGCAAUGGGUAUAGUCCAAUCUUCAAUGAUCGCUUUAGGUUAUCGCUGGAGACUAAAUAUCCUGAUUUGGUAUUCGUUCGCUGGACUAUCUGGAGCUCACAGGAUGGGCGCAGUGCAGGAAGCAAUAGCAGUGUCCAACUUGCCACGUUCACCGCGAAGCUUAGCAGCUUAUCCCAAGGAUACCGCUACUUGCCCCUGUAUGAUGGUGGCGGAGACCAAUAUCUGUUCUCAACCCUAUUCUGCAAGAUCACAAAAGAAGACCCGAUGUCUGUUCAGCGGCUUGAUGCAGAAGAAUUGAGAGCCGAGCGGAUGGGUAUUCUUCGACAGAUCGGCCAGACCGUCUUCAAACGCACGUCGUCUACGGAGCGUGAGAAGGGCAAUGACAUGGCAACAAGCGCAGAGGAUAAGGACAGUUCUCCAGAUCUGACACCGACGGUUUCUGCAGCAUCCACUUCAUCGUUGCCUCCUUGA